UUGAUCCCUUCAAAUACGUGGUGUAAAGCGGAAACUGACAGAAACAGAGCGAGACGAGAUGCUUUCAAUUUGAGCACAUUAUUAAUCCAAAGAAAGAAGCUUCUGAGUUUGUUGUCGUCUAGGAGCUUCAUAACAUAGCACGGACGCUUGGAUUACACCGUUUUCUAAGAAUGAACAUUAGCUUGGGAUACAGAUCGGCACAACCAGCCAACAUGAGCAGUUUCGAUUUUCAAACGUAAACAUCCGCCGAGCAGAUCCCGUCCAUGUGUGAGCGGCUACUUCUCGAUGCUAACCAUGGUUAGGAUGAGUAUAUCUGAACAAACCAGAGGGCAUAUCAUUCCUAGCUAAUGCUCAGCUAUAAUACGACUGGAAUUGCUUUUAUGUGAAUCUUAAGUGGCUUGCCAAGACGAUAACAUUUAGACGCGAAUGGGUUAGCACGCGAGCUAACUUGGCUACCAAAGCUGUUUGUGUAACUACAGACUGAACUAUGUCGUUUGACAGCACGAACAAUACGACAGAUGAUAUAUAGUCCAUCACGGCAAACUAAGGUGACAUUUCACAAGCGGACAUCCUUAUUAUGGGUCUACUGAACUUUAUUUUUAGUUCAAUUGGAAAAUGCAUAGAUGUCAUUUGCCUCCUUCUGGAUUUAAAUUUUGUGAUUGUCAACUCAUUAAUUCAGCUGUUGGUGGCAGUGAUCUCCUUUGUCAAUAGUCUGCCCAUGCUACUCACAAAUUCAGUGUCAGAGUGCUGGAAUCUCACUCUGCUUUGCAUCAUCACCAUGAGGGACGGCGUGACCAUUGUGACCCAUAACAUGGUCGGAGGCUGGAUGCAGCUGCUCGGUGGCAUGCUGGAAAGCUUCAAGAUGAUCGGAUACCUGUCUUCACAUCUGCUACUGCGCACCAAAGAGCUUCUUCACCGCGGCCUGCUGUCUGGACACGGUUUGCUGCGGCAGGCGUGGGAAGGCUGUGGCAUCGUGUUCAGCCUGUUGCUGUAUUUCAUCAACACGAUCAUCAACUUGCUUCUCAUAGGCACGCAAAAUUUAUACUCCGUGUUGGUCAGCACUGUGGAGGCGGUGUCCUGCCCUUUGCAGAAAGCUCUUGAGCUGACCCUGACUGUGCUGACCUUCCUGUACAGCAGUCUCGUUGGCACCUCUAUCCUGCUGUGGACACCAUGCAGACUAGCCAUGGAGUUCCUGGGAUCCGUCUGCCAGAUAUUCAUGAGCGUGUUCCUGCUGAACUCUUAUGGGCUGCUGCUCACGUUGGUCAUCAUCACGAGUGCCACCGUAUACCUAAACCCUGCACUCCCAAGACGGGCAUCUUUGUGCAUAAUCAACUACAUCAACACCGUGCCCGUCCUGCGGCGUCUCCGAAGGACUCUACACCGCCUCUACGUGCUCGAGAGGAACGUGUGGCAGAGAUUGGCCUGGCAUCGCAGCCGGAUAGGCCUCCUGGUGGUUCCUGCACGGAGAGAAGCUGCGGAAAGGGACGUUGGACAGCCCGAGCCCAACCUCGAGCCUCAAGUUGACCAAAACGCAGCAGAUCAGGUGGUGGAAAACGCGCCUGAGGACACCAACCAAGCGGAUGAUCCUCUAAACCUGCCGCUUCCAAGCUCCAGCACUCACAGGCCGCUCCGGAAGUUUCCAUCUGAGGACAGUUGCAAAGGCCCUCCGGACAACCUGCUGAAUCUUCUGCAGGAGCAAGAGGAGAGGAAGAAAUGCGUGAUCUGUCAGGACAGCACCAAGACUGUUGUGCUUUUGCCUUGCCGUCACUUGUGCUUGUGUAGAAACUGCACCAACAUCCUGCUGAGCCAGCCCAUCUACCAACACAACUGCCCCCUGUGCCGCCACAUGAUCCUUCAGACCAUGGACGUGUAUCUCUGAGGGAAACGUUUACGGAUGUGUUUCUGUCAUCCUCAGGUUAUUUGAGCAGCACUGUUCUUGAAAUGUGGGAAACCACAUGUUCCCUUUUCGUCUAUGUCCAUUCCACUACUAUUGCUUGUAUAUAGAUUUGAAUCACAACCUUUUAUAAAUCGUGAUGGCGAGGCUGACAACUGUGACUGUGUUUUCUUAUGGUUUUGUAUACAUUGUCACUUUUUUCAUCAGCUUUUAGAAGCAACACUAUUUUUCUCAUACAGCAAUAUCACAUGAAUGUAAGCUUUGUAUUAAAAAACAUUAAAAUUGGAAUGUAAGAUUUGCUUAAUUGAGUGUUUAAGGGGAAUAUUUGUAUGCUACAAUACUAACAUUGGGCCUUAUAGUAUGAAUUGUCUACUUAAUUUUUUUUUUCUGACUGUAAAGGUGAUCAAAGGUCAUCUGCAACAUCAUAUUGAUUAAUUUCUCUGUGUUGGAGAAAUCUGUUUUGCUUUGCAUACCUUGUAAUCAUUCCACCAAAGCCAUUUUGCACUAUUUGAGUAAACAAGUGGCACUACAAUGUUUUCACAAGUCAUUCUACAAUCUGGUGAUGUAUUCAUGCUUUUUUUGUCAUUUAUUAUUGAAGAGCAUUAAGGCUCUCUCACUGCUAAAAUGGUAUUGAUCAAUGCAUUUUCAAAUCGAAAUGUUGUGCUUUUUUUUUUGUUUCGAGAGACAGUAAUUUAAUUCAGUUACCGGUAAAAACCAAGUGGCAGAAAGGCUUUUAGCUCGGCUUUGUUCAGUGGAUGUUGUUAUAAAUCACUAUUUUGGAUAACAUUUGUACGUUAGAGACACAAGGUACAGACUGUACUGGUUUAUCUCAUUUAUUUUGGUCUUACAUGAUAUUUCAAAACCUGAAAUCCACAGUUGCAUUCAGAAAGGCACAAUGCGCAAGACAAUCAAGUGCAUUUAAGAGAAAAAAGCGUUUGCAAGACCCAUGUAACCAGAUUCAUAAAUGUCCUUUUGAAAAAUAUAAUUACUCCGUUUAGUUCCUAAUUAUUUGUCACUCUCAAUUCUGCUCAAUGCAGGUGAUAAGCACUAACCCAUGGUCAUUUUAAGGUUUUUAACCAUUCCAUUCAUUCCAUAUUUAAGCCCCAAGACUUUUUGUAUUCUUGUACCACAGACGUUUGUUUUCUAUGAAGGUCUCCAGUAAUGAUUUUUGUGGGUAAAGCAGAUGUGUGUCUCUCCAGAAGCCUGGAUAAUAUCAAAACCACAUUCAUAGACUAUCCAGAUGAAGAAUAAACAGUAUUUGACUCUG